AUGGCCGACGCACAGCGCGCCGUCGCAGCUGCCUUUCCUCCGCCGCCGCCGUUCUGGAAGCACUUCACCACCGAGAACAUCGAGAAGCUCGACAAACUCAAGACCGAGUCAGCAAAGUCGCACGCGCAGGACUCGAAGAAGAAAUGGUCUCCUAGCGAGCUGCAGGCCCUGGACGCGCCGACAGACCUGCGCUACCUGAUCCCUCCAAAGGCGCCUACCGAAGGCUCAUACAGCGUGUUUGGGGAGCUACAAAGUCUUUCAAGUGCUUUGCCUUCUUUGAACGAUCAAGGAAUCGACCAGCUCUACCCCGAUCCUCCAACCAGCAAAGACGACCAACCGGCGCAGCCACUGAACCAUGCCUACUACUUGCUCAAAAUUAGCAAGUCGCUGCUACUCAACUUCCUCGAAUUCGUCGGCGUUUUAUCUGUCGCGCCCGAGCAAUUUGAAACGAAACUGGAUGACCUGCGCAAUCUGUUCAUCAACGCUCACCACCUUCUCAAUCUCUACCGACCUCACCAGGCACGCGAGUCGCUUAUAUUGAUGAUGGAGGAGCAAUUAGAGAAUACAAGAAGCGAGAUCCAGGAAAUGGACGGGAUCAAGAACCGCGUUGAAAAGCUGCUGGACCAGUUGGCGGUCGAAGGACGAGAGGUGGAGGCUUCAGUCCAGCCACGGUCUACAAAGGGAGGGAAUAAUGGCUCAGAGCUUGACCAGAAGACCAUCGAAGAAGCCCGGCAGCUUUGGACUUUGCUUAAAGAGGAGGAAAACGAGUCGUGA